GUGAAAGAAAAGACCCUUUCCUUCCUUCCUUCUCCUUAAUUUCUGAGCGGAAAAAGUGCUUUUAGAGAGGAAAGAAAGGGACAAGAUAUGUGAAUAUAUGUUGCCUAUAUCUCGCAUUGGAUCCUUCGCCCCCUAUUGCCAUGCCUCCCUACAUUCUUUCUCUCUCUCUCUCUCUCCCUCCUCCCUUCAACAAUACUUCCAUGGCUAAAAUCCAAACAAAGCUUAGAGAAAGAAACACUCUGCAUUUUCUCUAUAACUCUCUUGGUUUAGCCUAAUAGCUAUCUCUCUUUAUAAAUACAUAUACACUUCUACUAGCUCUUCUUGUCUGUUUUCUUUAAUUCUCAUCAUAUAUUUGUCUUCUUGAUCCUGCUAGUCUCAGAAUCUCUUGCUUUUAGGUUUCUGGGUCUUGUUUCUUGAUUGGUGUUGGUUGCAGUUUCUUGAAACCUUUUUUCCCCCUCUCUUCAUGUUUUCCCAAUUUAAACCAAUUUCAUUCAUGGGGGUGUCGAAUCCUGAGAUGUUUUUAUCAGAGAAAGACCUGAAUUCCGUGGAAUUCAAUUUCCUUGUAAGACCCGCAUUGAAAUUUGAAGAUGAGUGUGAUAUUGCACCUUUACGAGGUGGGGAUGAUCAAGAUGAUGAGCUUCAUGAUCUGAAAGGCCAACAAGAAGAAGAAGAAGCAGAAGAAGAAGAAGAAGAAAGAGAACAAGAAGAACAUAAAGAAGAAGAUAAAUUCAAGUCGUUGGUUUCUACUUUGAAGAUAAAAUUGCCGUCUUUAGGAGAAUUCAAGAUUGAAGAAGAUGUUGAUGAUGGAGUCAAGACUCCAACAUCUUUGGAUCACAGAAUCCCAGUGAUCCUUCCAUGCCCAACUGCACCAAGAAAACCUAAAUCUCUCCCAUCAAAUAAAAGAAAAUCGCCUCGCCGGAGAGUCCUUCUUGAUCUAUCAAAUGAGAUUGAAUCUUUGUUCCCUCCAGCUCUUCGUGCAGAUCUUGGUGGAAAGAUUAAGAAAGUUAGACAAGAAAAUGAUACCAAAUGAGUGGGUACUAAUUAAUUAAAUUUAUAUGUAUCUUAAUUUCUUGUGAAGUUAAUUACAGUAGUUAAGUCUUUUUCUUUUCUUUUCUUUUUUCCUCCAUUUCUUGGUUGCUGAAAAUUUCCAAAAGAAAUGGUAUCUUAUCUAUUAUAAUAGCAUUAA